GAGGUGCGCACUGAAGGUCGUUGUAGGAGAGCGCAGAAGUGUCAGCUUUGUAGGUUGAAGGUGUGCGUUUUGAAGUUUAAAGCCGCCGCCAUGGGCCGCUCCUGCCCUGCCGCGCUGCUGGUGCCUGUGCUGUCGCUGCUGGUGCUGGUGCUGGCCGGGUCUGGCGCUGCCCACCCGCCCAUGCCGGCCGAGUCUGCAGGUGGCCAGUUCUGGCAGAUCACCGACAUCCACUGGGACCAGACGUACAACACGUCGGGCGACGCGUCCGACUGGUGUCAUGGGAGCGGCCGGGCCGACACCGACAACGGCGCGUUCGGCAACUACAGCUGUGACGCGCCCUGGCCGCUGGUGAAGGAGGCCGUUCGCCGGAUGGCCGCCGUCCAGCCGCAGCCUACGUUCAUCAUCUGGACCGGGGACAACGCACCCCACUGGGACAGCGGGCCUGACUUCAAGUACAUCUUCUCGGUGGUCGACAACAUCACCCGGCUGAUGGAGGAGUCGUUCCCCGGCGUCCCCAUCAUCCCGUGCCUGGGCAACCACGACAGCUUCCCGCCGAACCAGUUCCCGGGCGGCGACAAAGCGUUCUAUACGCGCUACCUCUCUGAGGGCGGCUGGAGUCGGCUGCUGUCGACUGACGAGCAGCGCACGUUCGGCCUGGCUGGCUACUUCGCCCGGCGCAUCAGCGACCGGCUCGUGGUGAUCUCUCUCAACACCAACAUCUACUACCAGCCGAACAAGGCCAUCUCGGCCAAGGAGCCGGACCCCGGCCACCAGCUGGCCUGGCUGCGUGGCCAGCUGAAGAGCGCCCGCACCGACGGCUACCAGGUGAUCGUGGGCGCCCACAUCGCACCGGGCUACUUCGAGCGGAACACGCAAACCCCCUUCAUGUACGGCAACUACAACGACGCGCUCAUCAGUCUGCUGAACGAGUUCUACGAGGUGAUCCUGGCGCAGGUGUACGGCCACGAACACACCGACAGCUUCCGCGUGCUGGGCCAGGUCGACAGCGGCGGCCUGCAGCUGCGCUCAGCCAUGUUCCUGGCACCGUCGGUGACGCCAUGGGUGCCGGCGGCCGGCACCAACCCGGGCGUGCGGCUCUACACGUACUCGGCGUCCACGCUCACCGACUACAGCCAGCAUGUGCUCAACCUGACCGCCUCCAACGCGGCCGGCCGCGCCCAGUGGUUGCGCCUGUAUGACGCCGCCGACACCUACGGCCUGUCCGACUUGAGCGCGGCCAGCAUGGGCGACCUGUACCAGCGCCUGCUGGCCGACCCGGCGCUGUUCGACACGUACUACAGGCUGAACACGGCCGGCUACAGCGUGACGCCGUGCGACCUCGCCUGCAAGCGCUCGCAACUGUGCGCCAUCGGCCACCUGCGCGAGGACGACAUGGCCGUCUGUCUCAACUCGGUGGAAACGAUGAACGCCAUCGCGUCGGGGCGCAUGCUGACGCACGGGGCGGCGGCGGCGGCGGGCGCCGUGCCCGCCCGGCCCGCCGCCGGUCGUCCGCUCCGCUCGGCGCUCAUAGGCCUCGUCGUCAGCCUCCUCGUGCUCGGCCUGCUCGUGGCGUUCGCCGUCGUUGUGGUGCGCAUGCGCAAGCGGCCGUCAGCGCCGGCGACCAUGCUGCGCAACGUGGCGUCGUUCGUGUCGGUCGGCAGCCAGGGCUACGAGACCAUGACGUAGGCGGCGGCGGGCGGAAGCGGCGCCUGCGGACGACGCGGAUAGAUGUCGCUGUAGUGGACGUAGCGGUUCCGGUCGUAGCGGCCACUUUGGACGCAGUUUCGCAGUCCCUGAGGUCGUAGAGGUCUUGCCGUGGCGUCGGGCACCGCUGCGCCGCUUCGCCCGGCGGCGGAGAGGCUGACUGGCGGUCAGUAGCGAGUAGCGGGUACGUGGCGCGGCACUGUCAGGAGUGAGCCUCCCAGCGGCGCGCCGGGACUCUGAGUGAAAGCGGCGCGCGUGCUGCGCGUGGCGGCGCGCGGACCGGCGGCAGCGUGGCCAGGGUUUGGCGGGCAGCCCGGCGGGGUGUUCACAGUGGUGCUCGCAGUCCGGCUGUGGUUGUGUAGCAACCUGAGUUGUCAGGAACGCUAGGCUUGCGUAGCGCACCGCACUCGCGGCGGUGGAGCGUUUGUCGUAGUGCGAGCGUACGUGGAGCUCAACGUGCCCGUUUGGUGGCAGACAAUGGAUUGUCAUUUGCGGAAUACCACGUAGACCAGCGCACCUAAUACGUGUUCGCACGAACCAGCUGGUUGACGCGUAGUGUGUUUGGUGCGUUUGGUGGCCGAUCAUAUUCAUCAGCACGGCUUGCCGUGAGAUCGUUUUUCGCCUGGUUCUGCAAUGUGCCAAGCUGUAUGUGUCUUAUGUGUCUGCGAUCGUUUUAGCUGUUUACCACCGCGUUUGUAUUUAAGGUGUGAAACUUGUAAGAAAGAACUUCUCGCUGUGGUGUUUAAGGCUGGUGCUGAUGUGAAGGUGGUGAGAACAGCCCUCUCACUGUUGUGUAUAGAUGUGAUACUAGAUGUGAGAAUCGUUUACGUUUACGAAAGACUGUGACCAGAAUGGUCGAAACGUAGCUCUGGGUUGUGCCAGCACAGGACUCGCUCAAAGGUGGCGAGUUGGCGUGCCUGGAUCGGACUGUAUUAGAUAGGUCUAAUCUUAGUGGCAAUUUAAAGCCAAUGUAAUUAGCGUCGUGUUCCUUCAGCAAUGAGCGGUAUCCCGUGUUCAGCCGUGUAUCGCAUGAGUCCCUGCUGCCAAUGAAACAACGCCAGAUGUCCAGAUGCGAUUAGGGGCUAUGAGUGCAUCGGCUUUUUCACAUGUCUUUCCCUUGUCAGCGGCGCCAGUUUUUGGUGGUCUGGUUAGAACGCUGCGUCGCCGGUCCGAGUGAGCCACCGCCUGGGACGGUGUAUUAUUUAUGGUCCCGUGUGUUGAUGCAUUUAUGAUCCCGCGAGAGCUCCCCGUGCUGAGGACCGCUGUUGAGCUCGUGCGAAAGUCGUUCGUGGGCUGGCGAAGUACGUAGUAUUUUCGGCGUCGCUGUGUCGUUCUGGCGUGUCGCGCCCGGCCGUGUGUACUUAAUUCACCGGCGGCGGCGCUGU